AGUUCGCAGGCAGCAUGACAGUAGGAUGUCCGACCGGUGCAGAUGUGAAGACACCCGUGUUCGGUCCAAGUGAGGGAAUGACCGGUAUGGCCGAAGCCAUAUUCGGUCCGAAUGGGGUGACCAUUGUGGCCGUGGCCGCGGUUGGUCCAAUAACCGCGGUUGGUCGCGCUCGAUCCAACGAAUGUGGUGAUCGGAGUGGACCCCACGGCCGCACUCGAUCCGAAAGGAAAGUUGAUCGGAGUGGUCUGCCCUACAGAGCCACCCAAUCCAGCCGAAACGUUCACAACCGGAGUCUCGGAACUACUCCCGUUUCCGGACUGGACAGUGAGGACGUUAAGCACUGGACAGCGAGGUCUUUAAGCACUGGACAGCAAGCAAAGGACGUUAUGCACAGGGCUGCGAGGACAUUAUGCACUGGGCUGCGAGGACAUUAUGCACUAGGACAGAAUGCAGCGAGGUCUUUAAGCACUGAACCUGCAAAAACACAACACCGUGGAAGGAUAGCGGAGUCGCCGGAGCUGUCCUUAAG